AUGCUGACUGGCCAGCAUGAAGACGCCCGCGAGCUGAAGGAGAACCUGGACCGGUGAGAGCACGUGGUCUUGGACAUCCUAUGCAAUUACCUCUCGGGGGAGCAGCUUCGAGACUACCAGCAUUUCGUGAAGAUGAAAUCUGGUCUGCUCAUAGAACAGCGCGAGCUGGACGACAAGAUCAAGCUAGGGCAGGAACAGCUCAAGUGGCUUCUGGAGAGCCUCCCCACGGACUUCGUGCUUAGCAGCAGAAAGGGAGCAGAACCUCCAUCAGCCACCGGGACCAGCUGACCUCCUGCACCAGCAUCUUCACUCUGACCCUUCCAGACGCGGCUGCAUCAAACCUUUUCUUCUCAGAAUUAUUUAAUCAGAAAUCUCUUUUAACUUUUUUUAAAAAAAAUAAUAAUUGAGGGAGGAUUUAAUUAUUAUUUUUUAAUUAAUGUUGGGGUGGGGGGGGAAUAAACAGCACGGAAAGAUUUCUUUUUCUUCUUCAUCUUCUCCCAGAGAUCACGAUUUAAAUCUGUUUGGAAUACAUUGGAUUCUUGUGGCCAAGCAAGAUGCAGAAGAGACUGGCAGGAGGGAGGUCAGUAGCUAAUUAUAAAUAAACUCAAGCUGUCCCUGCUGAAGGAGUCUUGCCCCCCCCCCCCUGAGCACCUGACAGUCGUUAAAAUAAUGAAGAAUAUACAAUAAUGAAGCCUUCAUUAAAAUAUUAAUGAGAGACCUGCUGUCUUGAACAAUAUCCAUAUUUAUAUGUUUUAAAGCUACAAGAUAGGAUUCUGUAAAGAUUUUGUACAUACGCUAACCAGUUAUCGAUUCUACUUCAACAUGUACGUAGGGGGGAAAUGGUUAAAUAUUAUUAUUUUUUGUGCUUCACAUGGGAAAAGAAAAGUGGAACACCCUCGCCCCCCCCCCCCAAAACCAUAGUCACACACCAUAUCUAAAUAAAGGACUAGCCGAAAAAGCUACAGGCCAGGAUCCAAGAAUGCUUGCAUGCAGAAAGAUGUACUUGGUGAAUGUCAACCCAGACGUUGGAUGUGGGUGCAGUUUGGCAUCUCGUUUUCCCUGGGCAAGGAUCCCCAGUCAGAGUGCUAUGGCUCUGUCCUUUUUCUCCCUCACCCCUGCAUGGUGGGAUCCAGUGCAGGUCUGUGAGCAGGGUCCCCCCCCCACCGUACCAUCGAGGGGGUCACUGGAUUGCAGCUUUUUAUCUCUCUCAGUGCCCAGUGAAUGUUGCCAGUAAGUGACCUUUCCACAAAAGCGUUGCACAGCAAAAUCCCGUCUUCCAGAUCUGCAGUGCAAAGCAGCUGCCGUUGGAACAAGCACUUGUGUGAACCAAACAACUCAGGAGUCAACGUGAAACUGAAGCAAAGAGAUACUUCCUCCUUGAGACUCCCUCUUGGGCUCUGUGAUAUUAUUAUUUUUUUAAAAAAGAAAAACAGUAACAAGAGAAAGCAUGGAACUGCAUGCAGCCUGCAAACUUAUUUGAAUGACUUCUUGAGGUGGUUCAUUGAAUGUCCUUAUUUAUAGAUUGCUUUAAACGGAAAUGGAAAAAAUAAAUUCUUCAUGCUCCUGCUAUUUGCAGAAUCUAAUGAUUUGCAGAAUCUAAUGAACAUUAAUAAAUUAAGCACUUUGAAAUCCAUAUAUAUUUGGCAGACUAGAUCCAAUACUUCCAACUGAAUGAAAGACAAGAAAAAUAGGGUUUCCUGGAGAAAUAUCAAAAUGACUGGGAAAGGCUGUGGAGGGAAGACAUAAGAUUCAUUGCAUGUUAUAAGGGGGCGGUGAAGAAGGAGGGAAGAGAAGGAAGGCUGUCCUGUUCUCAGAUUGGGGACAGCCUCCCACCUCCUUCUUCCCAACCUGUAGAAGGACCAGACUCAAAUUCCUCACCUCUUGACCCCUCAGCAAAUGUCCAAGCUACAACCCCAGGGUGAAGAGCAAACCUCAACCCCACAAAUUUGUAGGAAGGCCACUUCAACUUCAUCUAGUGCUCAGUCGCUUUCUUCACUGUCUUCCCAGUGCUCCCGGGCAAGCUCUAAGGGCUCACUGACAUCCCUGAGGUCCAUAGACUAUGCUACAAACCACUACUCUGCCAUCCGGUCCAAGCCGAAUCACAUGGUUUCCAUGCUGCCUAGGAGGGGCAAUGUGGCAGAAAACUACAUAGGCUGCCACCCAGUGAAGUACAACUUAAAGCCUAGGCAGCGGAUCAGCACAAGCCUCAUAAACCACAGAAACUUUGCACUGUAUUCAUCAAAUGACUGCUUCUGAGAAAUGGAAUCGUGAGAGCUGGCACACAUAAUUGCCAUACAGGGGGUGCUGCUGGCUUGGUGGUGGUGGUUUUUUUAACUUGGCUGCCCAGCCAUCUUUGUGAUAUUGCAAGCCUUUCUCAGGCUUUGCCGUGCCAUGGAGAAGAAUGGUUUGGAAUGCCAACCAAUAUGCACAUUAUACCUUGCGGCACAAAGGUAGCCAUCACAUGGAAAGACCUUCACGUUGCUCUUUGUGGCUUACAUUUUGUGUGCGCCACUUGUAAGUGUUCCAGCCUUCACACCUGGUCAAUUCUGUGCUGCCCUUACAAAUGUUGCUUUGUAGUGCUUUUUUUGGUCUAAGAAAUCAUGGGGUGACUUGGUUUCAUCAAGGGACUAUAAUAUUAGAUGUUUAGUGCAAAAAGAAAGUGUUUGCAACUGUGAUUGUAGUAUUCAUCUUUUAAAAAUAUAAACAUUGCAAGUUUUGGCACGCUUUCUGUAUGCACAGCAGCUAUAUGUAAUAAAUCGUCAUCUUUAUCUAAAAGCAUCCAGCAUUAAAAAUCUCCUGAUACACAGCUCAGGAGAUCGAGAGGGAGAAGGAAGAGAAGGCAGGAAGAUUAAUCAUGUCAGACCACUAACUCCUCGAAAUACAAAUGUCUUCCGGAUAGAUUGCCCAUAAACUCCACCCUUGGUCCAACACGGUUACCUCUUCCAUGCUUAGCUAAUCUGUUCCUCCUUCCCUCUCUGAGGAAAAAACCUAUACCUUUUCCCCAUACAAAUGUUUAACUUUAGCAUAUAAAAUACACAUUAAUAUAAGCAACAUCAAAAUACCAAAAACCAGUAUAAGCACAGGGUGCCAAGCCAAAUUUAAAAUGUUGGUCAUGGUAGGGCUCUAUCCUGAUAAGAUGUCCCACCAAAGGUGUGUGGUUCAAUCCUGAAUAUCCUGAGUGACUCUUCUUAGCUUGGCUUGUUUUACUACGGCAAUAUUAGUACUUUACAUUAUGACACAUUCCAAGUUUUUCCACAAUCUUCAUGUACUUUCUCAUUCCUUUUCUCCAAGCAGACUGAAUCCCUCGCAAACACCCCAUCGGAUACCUGCAGCCACACAACUCAAACCCUGCCAGCACUGAACUGUUCAGUUACUUCAACCACUCCACAUUUGCUGAGGGUGCAUUUGCAUUCCUCCGUUUGGAGGUACAAUGACACCAUUUGCAGCCACUGGAAUCAGCCAGCAAGUGAUUCACAAGAGCCAGAUUCUGGACUUGAAGAAUCCCAAGCACAUUUAUCUUCAUUUUUCAUUCUGACCAAAAUUAUGCCAAUAACCGUAAACUAAAUUUGGCAUCAAUUGUGUCUUUAUUUGGGGAGGUCUUGGGGGUCUUAACACGCAAGGCACCAAAGUCAGCCAUGGAAAUCUUGCCACACGUCAUAGAUUCCAUAGGUCCUCUCCAGUUGUUCAGAAGAUAGAAGAAGAAGAGAGAGAAAAGACCUUGACUGGGGAAAGGAUCAGAAAAUAUUUGCUACUGCAAAGGUAGCAUUUCUGUUUUUAAAAUAUAUACAUGGGGCUUUUUUGCAAAGAGAAGCAUUUUCUGCGUGCACACAAUAGAGAAUCAACCAGGCUGGCAAGCAAGGGGCAGUAUCUAUUGAUCUCUCUCGAAGUCGCUUGCUUGCUUCUCCCGCCUUAAGGAAGGAAAUCUUGCCCUUCUGCAAAUCCCUGCUGGUUUCUCCUCCUUCAUGGCCAUGAAAGGAAUCAGCCCCGUCUGAUCAGUCAGGAUCUGCUAGGAAGCAAGCUCUCUGAUCAGAGCCUCACCAUCACCCAGGGAACGAACAACAGAACGAAGCCCCUCGGCCAGUGACUCCUGCUGCACAGGCCUUCAAUAAAAUGCCAUGAGUCUUGCCAAAACAAAAAAACCAGAGCCCGGCUCAGGAGGAGCCCAAGAACCUCCUUUACGACAUGAAUGACUGCUACUCCAAGCUGCGCGAGCUGGUGCCGAGGAUCCCACAAGGCACCAAAGUCAGCCAAGUGGAAAUCUUGCAGCAUGUAAUCGACUAUAUCUUUGACCUGCAGAUCAUGCUAGAGGAACAGGCAAAGAAGGGGCAAGAUUCGCCCGCAGCUCAGACUUCCCUACUCUCUUUAAAAGCAGCAGAGCGGGCAUCCGAACUUUGCUCAAAAGAGGAGAGGAAUCUCUGCCACUAA